AUGAUUUGGCAGGCUGAGCACCCGGAUAGCCAGUACACGCUUCAACUCAAGGCCGAAUUACUGUGUCAAAUUUCUAAAGCAGCUUUGAUUGGAAAUUGGAAAUAUGUUCGGCGCUUGAUCCUCGGCUUCGCCAUUCGGAGAGAAGUUCACAUCGAGAAUGCGGCAUCUCUGACUCAUUGCGAUAUCGCCACCGAGUCAUUCCGGAACUAUGGUCUAGAGACGGAUCCAAUCCAACGGCCCGAGAGCCCCGUUGAUGAAGAGUCCGACAGCAGGUCGCCAUCCUACACCGCCACCAUUGCUGCUUUUGACAGAACACUAACGUGUCUCGACCCGUUACUGGAAGUUACCGCACCAAGUUCCAAAGUCAGUAGCCUGACUGCACUAUCGGAGCUAAGCGAAGCCCCAAGAUUGAAUAUUAGCAGUUCCUACAAUACUGUUGACGCACCUUCACCGGAAGACCGCGCGUCAUAUAAGCAGCUACUCGACAUCCUCCCAGGCCGUGAAAUGGUCGACCAUCUGAUAGAAACAUACUUUACAUCUAUUUCCACGCUAUUCUGUAUCAUCGAUGCCGCCACCUUCAAAGAUGAGUAUACGAUGUUCUGGCGGAACCCUAUUUUAGCGCCUCCCUCCUGGUUAUCCUUGCUUUUCGCAAUCCUGGCUCUUGCGUGCCGUGCGGAAGAAGAUCACACAAAAGGCGGUCUCUAUGAUUGUAUGUCGAUGUGGUACGAGAAUGCCGCCUGGGACUGUUUGUUGACCAACGACGCACCAUUUGAACCAUCGCGGAGUUCAUUAAAAGCAAUGGUACUCAUCAUCUAUGGUCGCACACACCGUGGAGAGAAUGUUCUCAAUCAACUGCAAAUGGCUCAUCAGAUGGCAAUUUCCAUUGAGUGUCAUGAGGAUAUCAGUCAGUGUGUUCUUCAGCCCUCAGUUUGCGAGGAAUGUCGAUCUCUUUCGAUUGGAUUGAAAACACUUUUCAUGCUCAAUGGCCAAAUGCAUGACUACUACCGCAACCCGGAGCUCAGAGAGCAAUUGCAGCUACUAGCUGAUACCGGCAAACUGUCCCCUGAAAACUCAAGAAUAUCAAUGGGCGUGGAAGGAUCAUCUCCCGCGCAGAUGACGUUCACCCAUCUAAAGUUUCAGCUUUUGAAAAUAUCAGAUACGAUGUGCCUGAUUGCAGAACUCGGUUUGAGGUCGGAAUGGAGCGUCGCUGCGCUUGAGGCUGAGAUAUCCCUCAUGGAGAAACACUGCAGCAAUCUCUACACUAAGUCCAGUGGAUCUGGUUCGCAGCUGGUGUCUCCCCACAUGGGCUACGGUAUACUGCACUGCUAUAUGAACUAUCUGCUUCAUCUUCUCUUCAUGCCUGAUCUCUGGCAAUACCUAAAUGGGGAUAUCGCACCCGAGACAGAGCUAUCUGCCUUCAAAUGUAUGGCAUUUGCAAAGGCCUCGUUGCGAACUUUCAAUCAUCUGGCUGAAAACAUACAGCCCAAUACUUAUGCUUGGUAUAUUCGAGGACUCGGAAGCUACUAUGCCGAGCAGUCGGCAUCUACUCUCAUCAGAGGCGCUACAGGGCUUGAGGGAGAAAAGGAAGACCAAGAGAUCCGUUCUUUAGUGGAGCAGGAGCGUUUAUUCUCGAAUACCGAUGAUUGA